AUGGACAAUUCUCAUGCUACAAAGUCCUGUGUGCUCAUCCUUCUUGUGGUCCUAUUGUGUGCAGAAAGAGUUCAGGGACUGGAAUGCUACCAGUGUUUUGAUGUCCCACCUGAGACUUCCUGCAAUACAACUACCUGCCCGUACCCUGAUGGACGGUGUGUUAUUCAGAUGAUAGAAAUUAUUGAGGACUCUCAGAGAAAGAAAGCAAAGAACAAUUAUUGCUUUUCCAUCUGCCCUACUAAUAAAUAUUUCAAGAUCCUGGGUGCUACUGUCAAUGUGAAGAGUUUCUGUUGUGAGAAAGACCUCUGCAAUGCAGGGGGUGCCACAGGAAGCAGCUCCUAG